CAACGUGAUACAAUCUACGCAGGCAUUAUUUUGCAACAUGAAAAUGAAAAAAACUAAAAUGUAAACUGUUUUCUAAGUUACCAAAAAAUGUCUAGAUAUAUUGAUGCACAUGCUCAUUUAGCAGCUAGUGAUUUUAAGGAGGAUAUUCAUGAUGUAAUAAAGCAAGCUCAAGAUAGUCGUGUAGCAUGUGCUGUUGUUGUUGCUGAAACUAAAGAUUGUUUUGAAAGAAUUCUUUCAUUGUAUGAUAGUUAUCCAGAGUUCUGUAUGCCAUGUCUUGGGCUACAUCCAGUACAAGGAGACUACAAUAGUCCAAGUGAAGCAAGGAGUGUCAAUUUAGAGGAUCUGGAAAAGGCCCUCCCAAUUAUAGAGGCUAACCAAGACAAACUUGUAGCGAUCGGAGAGGUUGGUCUUGACUUUACCCCUAGGUUUGUCAAGCAGGACUCUGACAAAGAGGCCCAAAGAGAGGUGCUGAGGAGACAAAUUAAACUUGCACAGAAAUAUGAUCUUCCCAUUAAUGUUCACUCAAGAUCAGCUGGAAGACCAACUAUAGCUCUGCUAAAAGAAGAAGGUGUAAAGAGGGCGCUAUUGCAUGCAUUCGAUGGCCGUGCAGCUAUUGCCAUGGAUGGGGUUCAAGCUGGAUACUAUUUCUCUGUACCGCCAUCUAUAGUCAGGAGUGAACAGAAAUCUAAACUGGUGGAUAAAGUACCAUUGACCCAUUUGUUGUUAGAGACAGACUCACCUGCCCUUGGGCCUGAAAAACAAGUGAGGAACGUACCAGCCAACAUCUUCCAUUCUGCAGAAUACAUUGCCAAAAUUAAAAAAGUAAGCGUAGAAGACGUCAUCAGAAUAACAACUGAGAAUGCUUUGAGACUUUUUCCAAAACUGACUAGAUAUAUGAAAAAAAUAUGAUAUCGACUUACUAUGUGAACUAUGUGAAAUAGAUCUUUAAUCAUUUAGAUGCAAAAAAGAGUGGCUUUGUGAAACAAUUUUAUGUCAAGCUAAUUGUAUUUGAGGUAAUAAUUAGCCUCAGUUGGUGUGCUAAAGGAUUCAGUUGUAUGCUGAUGUGGUAGAAUAGUGGCAUAUAAAGAAUAAUCAUGGACUACAUGGACUAACAGAAAGUUUCCAGUUCAUUUUUGUAAGUUUGUGAAAAAUAUGUACAUUGAAAAAAUGCAAAUUAUGUUUUUAAAUAAAUAUGACUUUUCUCUAAGAAAGUAUUGAUUGAUCAAUAUUUUAAUAUCUGAAUAUUUUUCAUUUACAUCAGAGGAUGUAUGAUGAUAUGUAUAUUUGCUUGAAUAUGUCAAAGUCAUAACCAUUGAUGGGCAAUUUAUUCCUCUGCUAUUUGAUAUGCUAUUUGAUUGUCAUCCUUGUUAUUUGCAAUAAAAUUGUAAUAAAUGCAAACUGACUUCUGUAUGACAUUGUAAAGAAAAUGUGGCUAUAGCUUGAUAUCAAUGACUCAGCCACAAAGGGCAGCAUUUGAGAAAUAACUCAGGGUAAAUUAUUAUAUUUAAUUUCCCCCUUUGUGUACUGUGUGAUACACUUAAUUUG